AAAAAGACUUAUGUAUUACUUUAAAGUAUUUUUACUUAAGUACUUUACACCACUGCGUACACACUUAUCCACGUACAUUUACUCUCAGACACACACACAACACACUCAUACACAUGCACACGUACACACUCUUGUGUUCACAUGCACACUCAAACAAACAAGCAUACAUACGGCUGUGCGUGCACACCCACAUACACAAUACCUACCCAGGAAGAGUAACUACAGCAUACUAAUAGUACAUAGUGUAGAUGGGGAAGAGUAUUAAAGGUAUCAAGAUGUUUAUGGAAAAUAUAAUAAAUACAAUAAAGAUUGACCACAGGUCAUGUCCAGUUCUGUUGGUACAGAGACAAGAUAGCGGUGAGUUGCCAGCUACAGCUAACUCAUUGAUCCCCCUCUGUGAACUCCUGGUCCGUGGUGGGGUGGGAUCCAUCCACCCAGGCCAAACCUGAGCUCCCCACCAGGGACAGGCCCCCAUACGUCAGGACCUCUCUCUUCCCUCUGAACUCCCAGCCAGGACAGCUGUUUGGACAUGAGUCCAAUCUCUCUCUUCUUCUCACACACUCCUCGCUGUCCCUCGUCUCCCCCUGAUGCCUCCCAGAGGAGCAGAGAUCCAUCGCACUGCCACAGACUUCAGCUGCACGCCUCCACUGUGGCUAACAGUAACCUUUAGUUUUGCAUCUCAGAGGGUAGCUUAAAAUAGGCAAUGAUAUCACAGCUAGGAGACUGAGGAGACCUGUCGUCAGCAUGGAUAUAAAGAAAUGUUUGGAGAGUUGCAGAUUCCUCAGAUGUGUGAUUCCCUGUGUGUGUGUCGAUAGAUUAAACGGGUGUUCCUAGAGACUGACUGUGGAUCAGCUAUCCAGAUGAGAGAGUGGAGUGAGUCGGAGAUGACCAUGUCUGCCGGUGGUUACCUCUCUGCCUCUGAUGGAUACGGCAUCACCGAGCCUCUGCAGUACUACGAUGUGCUGGGGGACCCUUUGGGCUACCCUUUCCAGGAGCCAGACCUACAGGGCCUAUCCUUCAGCCAGCAGCAGUACAGCCCCAUCAAUGUGCAGUUCUCCGUCUACGGACCUCCAUCCUCCCAGCCCUUCCACCCACCCUACACCCACCCCUACAGCCCCCACUGCCUGGACACUCCCUGCGAGCCCAGCCCAGAGCCCCAGUGUGGAGGCCUGGGGAAGGGGCAAGGUGGGGGAGGUCUGCCCCUGGUCAAGAGGACCAGGCUGGGUCUGGGAGGAAGGGUGAGGGGCCAGGAUGAGCUGUGUGUGGUGUGUGGGGACAAAGCCUCUGGCUACCACUACAACGCCCUCACCUGUGAAGGCUGCAAAGGUUUCUUCCGAAGGAGUGUGACGAAGAAAGCAGUGUACCGGUGUAAAAGCGGUGGAGGCUGUGAGAUGGACAUGUACAUGCGGAGAAAGUGCCAAGACUGCCGCCUGCGGAAAUGUCGUGCUGUGGGCAUGCUGGCCGAAUGUCUGCUGACGGAGGUGCAGUGCCAAUCCAAGAGGCUGAGGAAGGGGACCAAGCACAGAGGAGGAGGGCCUGAGGAGGAGGAGAACAUGGGGAGCAGGAGCGUCAGCUCCACCAGCAGGUUACCAGGACAGAUGGUGUCUGCAAAUUUGUCAGUAGAACAGAAGCUUGUUUUGGACAGGAUGGUGGAGGCUCAUCGGCAGUACAGGGCGCAGGACACUGCACACUGUAGGGUGUUUGAUUGGACUUGUACAGAGGUUGGUGGAGACAGACUAACGGACAUGGCAUGCCCUCCCUCUCAGAGGCUGCUGCAGUUUGCCAAGAGUGUACCUGGCUUUGAGCUCCUGGACUGCUCGGACCAGACCACCCUCCUCUCUAGUUCCUCUGUGGAAGUCAUGUUUCUGCUCUCAGCUCAGCAGUUCACCCAAAACCCAGCAGACUCUAGCCCAGCACUACAACCUUUCAACCUCUCAACUCAUCAUUGGCUGAAAACCUUAGAGUACAAGGAAAACAUUCAUAGUGGGACUGGCCCUGUAAACUCAGGAGUCAAUGAGGACUUGCUAGGACCGGUGCUCAACUUCUUCCACAGCAUGGCUGCACUGGGAGUGACCGAGGCUGAAUAUGCCCUGCUCACUGCUACAGCACUGCUAUGCUCAGACGAAGUGUUGCUGCGGGCGGUGGCGUGUGUGGAGAGCUUACAGGAGCUGACCCUGGAGCUUCUUUCCAGGGUGUGUGGAGCCCGGUGUGGAGCCCAGGGCCCUCAGGGAGCUCAGCGCUUCGCUCGCCUGAUGGGGAGACUCACAGAGCUGCGCACGCUACGACACAACCACCUCACCCGGCUCCGACAGCAGCUCUGGGACAGUCAGCCCUGAGACAGACACUGAGUAUGAAGAACAGAGAGACAGAGAUACGAACAAAUAGUAAAAAUAAUCUACAUUUUGGCUUAAUAUUGAAUGUUUUAUCAAGUUUGUACCAAACAAUUUAAGGUAACACUAUUGGCCAUUUAGUAUUAUUAUGUUUAUAAUGAAAAAUACCAAUACCAUUCUUCUAAGUGAUUGUUUUUUACUGUAAAGUUUGAAUCACCGACCAGUAUUAAACCAAUGUGAGUUUUGUUAUAUGGAAAACACAGAUUAAGGUAUUAAAAAAGUAUUUUAUCAUA